AUGAACGACGUUGGAACCACUGGACUUCUAGUCCGUACAUUCGAGACCCUAGCACGCAGCGAUGUUGCCUUGGUUGGUGGAAAGAAUUCUUCUCUGGGUGAAAUGAUCAGUACCCUCGGGGCAAAGGGAAUUGCCGUACCACCUGGGUUUGCAACGACUUCGCAAGCGUAUUGGCAAUAUGUCGACGCCAAUAGUAUCCACGACAAGAUGGCCGCGCUGGUCACAGAAUGGCAGCUUGGCAAGCAGAGUCUUGCCGAUACCGGCCAAGCUGUGCGCAGUCUGUUCCUCCGAGGCACCUGGCCGGAGGAUGUAGCAGCUGCCAUCAGAGCUGGCUAUCGCGAGCUUUCAGCCAAUGCCGGAGUUGAGAACCUGAGCGUUGCGGUACGCUCCAGUGCGACGGCGGAGGACUUGCCCGAUGCAAGUUUCGCCGGUCAGCAGGAGACUUAUUUGAACGUCUCAGGAGUAGACGCCCUUUUGCAUGCUUGCCGACGUUGCUAUGCUUCGCUCUUUACCAAUCGGGCCAUCAGCUAUCGCCAGGCCAAGGGAUUCGAUCACACAAGCAUAGCACUCUCGAUUGGCGUACAGCGAAUGGUUCGCUCCGAUAUUGGCGGCUCCGGUGUUAUGUUCUCUAUUGACACCGAAAGUGGAUUUGACAAGGUGGUGCUCAUCAACGCAGCGUGGGGGCUCGGAGAGAACAUUGUGCAGGGAACUGUUAAUCCCGACGAGUAUCAGAUCUUCAAGCCGCUCUUGUCCGAUACUAAUAUGGUCCCGAUCCUGGAGAAAAAGUGCGGCGACAAGGAGAUCAAAAUGGUCUACGGCGAUAUACACAUGCCAACUCGCAAUGUGCCUACCUCCAAGGCAGAGCGGGCCGCCUUUGUGCUCAGCGACAAGGAAAUCCUCCAGCUGGCCCGCUGGGCAUGUACGAUUGAGGAGCACUAUGGCUUCCCAAUGGACAUGGAAUGGGCCAAGGAUGGCAUCACGGGCGAGCUAUUCAUCGUUCAGGCUCGGCCGGAAACGGUGCACUCGCACCGCAACGCUGCCAUCUUCAAGACAUACAAGGUCGGCAACAAGGGGCGUGUCCUGGCCACCGGUCUUUCGGUCGGCGAUAUGGCCGUCUCGGGUCGACUCUGCCUCAUCGGAGCGGCUAAGGACAUUGAUAAGUUCGUUGACAACUCGAUCCUGGUGACAGAAGCAACUGACCCGGACUGGGUGCCGUUGAUGAAGAGGGCCGCGGCCAUCAUCACCGACCAUGGCGGACGCACCUCGCAUGCCGCUAUCGUCAGCCGUGAACUCGGCCUUCCGGCAGUAGUAGGCUGUGGCAAUGCCACCUACGUGCUGCACAGCGGCCAGGAUGUCACCGUCUCCUGUGCCGAAGGCGACACUGGCUUCGUGUACGAGGGAAUCUCUGAUAUCACAACACAGACAGUAGAUCUUUCCGAGCUGACCGAGGCUCGGACCAAAGUCAUGCUCAAUCUCGCCAAUCCGGCGGCCGCCUACCGCUGGUGGCGGCUCCCAGCCGACGGCAUUGGCCUUGCCCGCAUGGAGUUUGUCGUCAGCAACGCUAUCCAGGUCCAUCCCAUGGCACUCGUUCACUUCGAUCGGCUGGGAGAUGCGGAGGCCAAGCGACAAAUCACCCGACUGACAACCGGAUACAACAGCAAGCCCGACUACUUUGUCGAUAAGUUGUCCCACGGCCUCGCAGCCCUGUGCGCCGCUGUUUAUCCCAAGCCGGCCAUCAUUCGCAUGAGCGACUUCAAGACAAACGAGUACGCUGGCCUCAUUGGCGGCGCUGAAUUCGAGCCCAAGGAGGAUAACCCCAUGUUAGGCUUCCGCGGCGCCUCGCGAUACUACUCACCGCGGUAUAGCGAGGGUUUUGCUCUCGAGUGCCGCGCCAUCAAGCGACUACGUGAGGAGAUAGGCCUCACCAACGCCAUCGUCAUGAUCCCCUUUUGCCGGACGGUUGACGAGGCUAAGAAGGUCCUGGAUGUCAUGGCUGAAAAUGGGCUCAGGCGCGGCGAAAACGGCCUGCAAGUCUAUGUGAUGUGCGAGAUCCCGUCCAAUGUCAUCUUGGCCGCCGAGUUCACUGAGUACUUUGAUGGAUUCUCCAUCGGCUCCAAUGACCUGACGCAAUUGACCCUCGGCGUAGACCGCGACUCCGGCGAGCUAGCCGACUUAUUUAACGAGCAGGACGAGGCUGUCAAGUGGAUGAUCGCACAGGUUAUCUCGGUGGCCCGCAAGAAGGGCAGCAAGAUAGGCCUCUGCGGACAGGCGCCGAGCGACCAUCCAGCAUUCGCCAGGUUCCUAGUCAAUGCCGGCAUUGAUUCGAUCUCUGUCAGCCCCGACAGCUUUUUUGCAGUGAAGAAGCACGUAGUAGCUAAACUGUAUGCUUGUAACUUGACGGCCACUCAGAAUGAAUCAUCGGCAGGAUGA